AUGCGAGAAAGGUGCGUAUUCUUCUUUGACUUGCUUUUCUUUCCUAAUGGCAAUAGUUUUUGGGGUGUAUUCUGGGUCGACGUUGACACCUCUUCGACUGCCCGCAACGGCUUCCUAUCAAUUGCCAGAGCCCUCGAGAAGCCCGCAGAGAGCGUUGAGGAUGUAUGUAGCAUUCUUGCAAAUAUCAAGCAAACGUGGCUACUCGUCUUGGACAAUGCCGAUGAUCCGAAGUUUGAUUAUCAGACGUAUUUUCCAUCCGGGAGUUAUGGCUCACUGAUCAUGACAUCUCGGAUCCCAUCCUGUGGUUCUCAGUAUAACAAUGUUGGCUGGGAAAUGUUGGAUAGCCUCGACGACAAACACGCUGUAACUCUGUUACUCAAAGCAGCCCGAAUCCGAGAAGAUGAGUGGGCUGCGUGUCAACAAGCCGCUACGGAUGUCACCAAGUGUCUCGGAUCCCAUACCCUCGCAGUCAUACAAGCAGGUGCAUAUAUCGCAAAAGACCAUAAGAGGUUAGAUCGGUACCCUGCUAUCUUUCAGGCUCAACGCAAACGACUUCUCAUAUCCCGACCAGAUCAGGCUAAUUCGAGAUAUGGCGACGUUUAUGCUACAUUGGAGGCGUCUGCUGAAAUCUGGGGAAAUCCGAAGACGAAGCCGCAAAAGACGCUCUUCGCCUUCUCGGCGUGCUUUCUAUGCUACAUUUUGGCUCCCUUGACCUUGAAUACUUUGAGUAUGCUUGGAAAGGUGCACUGAAAGCAAGUUCUAGGUCCGAUUACGUUAGCAAUACGGGUAUAGAUGACGUCAGUCCGUGGCAUGUAUCAAAGCUCCCUGGUUUUAUUUCAGUUGAAGACAGCGAAUGGGACGAUUACCGUCUUGUUGAAGCAGUUUCUACUCUCCAGUCGUUUUCUCUUGUGUCCAGAAACGAGACUGAGGGCUGGCCGGCGAUCUCUAUGCAUCCUCUUGCACACGCCUGGGCGAAAGACCGGCAGGAGUCCUCGGAGCAGUAUCAGGCAUGGAUCACGACUGGUUGCAUCCUUGCUCUGUAUCUAUCUUGCGCUUCGCCAAAAUCGAAGAAUGAGAGGUAUUUCCGACCUCACUUGCAGUCCUUUCUUGAUAUCAUUGAAGUCAACAAGGCUUUCUCACUUGGACCAACGAAUGCUGUCUUGGCAAUAUAUCUCAAAUGUGGCUGGCCGCUCAAACAGAUGCGGGAUGAUUAUAGACUUGAGCAGCUCCUCAAGGACAUCUUUUUUGAAAUUAAGCUUGACGCAGAUAAGCCGACGAGAGAGUUCAUGCCCCUAUUUAAGCUCAGGAUUCGCUGUCUGCAAAAUCUUUCGUCCUUUGAGAAAGCUGUUUCACUUGGCCAGAAGGUCUUAAAGAGUGAGGAAGCUCGCCUCAAAGAAGAUGACCCGGAAAUUCUCUCUCUACAGCGCCAGCUUGCCUUAGCCCAUAUUGAGAAUAACCAACUCAGAAAAUGCUAUAAGCCUCCUUGGGAAGAUUGUACUGAUUGAAAGUGCAAGACUUGACGAAGACCACCCUAAUAGAUUAGCUUCACAACACGGGCUUGCUAUAGCUUACCUUAACAAUAAUCAAAUUCUAAAGGCUAUAAGUCUCUUAGAGAAGGUUGUCCUAAUAAGGCAAAAUACACAUACUGAAGACCACCCUAGAAGACUUGCAUCAGAACACGAGCUUGCUAGUGCUUACCUUAAGAACAACCAGAUUUUAGAGGCUAUAAGUCUCUUAGAGAAGGUUGUCCGAAUUCAGCAAAAUACACUUACUGAGGAACACCCUGAAAGACUUGCAUCAGAACACGAGCUUGCUAGUGCUUACCUUAAUAAUAACCAGAUUGUACAGGCCAUAAGUCUUUUUGAAAACAUUGUUCAGAUUCAGAAAACAAUUAUCCCAGAAGACCGCCCAGAUAGGCUUCAGUCCGAAGAUGUACUCGCUAUAGCUUAUUACGACAACGGACAAUUAGAAAAGGCUUUAGAGCUUAUGGCACACGUGGUCCAGAUACGGGCAAUCACCCUUCGCGAGAAUGACCCUGACAGGGUUAAUUCGGCAAGAUGGUUGAAAAGAAUGAAACGAAAAGAAUUGAAGAAGCAGCGGAGGUCUGAUAGUAUCAAACACUGA